AUGUCGCUCCAAAUGGGCUUCGUGAAGAAGCUGGAGAUCCGCAAAGAGAAAGUAAAAUGCGUCGAUCUCCACCCUUCAGAGCCCUGGGUCGUUUCCGGCCUGUACAGCGGCACCUGCACGAUCUACAACUUCCAGAAGCAGUCCUUGGUGAAGCGAUUGGAGGUGUGCAACUCCCCUGUGCGAUGCUGCAAGUUCAUCGCGCGGAAGCAAUGGCUGAUCGCCGCCGGCGACGAGAUGUGUAUUUGGGUGUACAACUACAAUUCCCUGGAGAAGGUAGCCGCAGUAGAGGGCCACACUGACUAUGUGCGCUAUCUGGAUGUCCACCCUACGCUGCCUUACGUGCUGAGCUGCUCCGACGACAUGACUGUUUCACUGUGGGACUUCGAGCGCGGCUGGGAACGCUUGUGCGUCUACGAGGGCCACCAGCACUACGUUAUGAUGGCGAGGUGGAGUCCAAAGGACGUGUACACGUUUGCGUCUUGUUCGCUGGACCACACCAUCAAGUUUUGGGGCGUAUCCCCGGAUGCUAUGGACCGCCGUCACAGCAACCAGCCGUCACCGAAGCCCUCAUUCACGCUGAAGGGACACACCCGUGGAGUGAACUGCAUCGAGUUUUCGACCAUCAUGUCGAACCCUUACAUCAUAUCGGGAGGAGAGGACACCACGAUUCGGGUAUGGGAUUACCAGACAAAGUUGUGUCUGCAGGUGCUGAGCCACCACACCCAACCCGUGACAUGUGUGCUACAUCACCCUAGGUUGCCGUUGAUCGUGACUGCUGGUGAGGACGGCGACCUGAAUCUGUGGCACAGCAGCUUGUACAAGAUUAAGCGGAGCAUGAACUUUUCCAUGGGUAAGAUAUGGAGCGUCACGAGUGACAACACCAACUUGGCCCUGGGCAGCGACGAGGGCACGUUGGUGGUUCAGUUCGGCGGCGAACGCCCCCUUGUGUCCAUGCACGCGAACAAGCUUGUGAUGGUGAAUUCUUUUGACAUUGUGAGCUGCAACCUGAGUUCCGCCACUGUCGUCGACGAGGACAGCGUGGGCAAGCCGCUGGCCCUUGACUUCCGCAACAUCGGCCGCUGCGAGUUCUUCCCGCAGUCUGUAUCGCACCAUCCGAAUGGCCGUUUCAUUUGUUUAUGCGGCGAUUCGGAGUACGUAAUCUACACAGCGCAGGGCAUGCGCUCGAAGACUUUUGGCAAGGCUAUGCACGUGGUGUGGUCGUUUGAAGGCCACUAUGCAACCUGGGACGGUAACACCAUUACGGUUCACUAUGAGUUCGCCCCGACGCAUACCAUACAGCCCAAUGUGACCGUGAAUGGUCUUCACGGCGGCAGGCUGCUCGGCGUUACAUCGAACAACAGUGUCCGGUUCUACGACUGGAAAACCGGCUACCUAGUCCGCACCAUUGAUGCACACGUGUCGGACAUCUGGUGGAAUGUGACUGGCACCAAGGUCGCCCUCGGCUGUAUGGGUAAUUGCUACAUCCUCAAGUACGACAGCGACGCGCUUGCAUCUGCCCUCGAAAGCAAUGAGUACGAUGCGUCCAACGGCGUUGCCACUGCGUUUGAACUUGAAGGCGAGAUCAUAGAGCGCGUGAACAGCGCGACAUGGGCUAUGGACACUUUUGUGUACAUCACCGCCGGCCUGCACUUGAACCUGUGGACGGCAGGCGCCAGCGAAAUCUUCCACUACCUCGACCGUCCGCUGCACAUGGUUGGCUACUCGGCCCAGAACGGAUGCUUGUACCUAUGUCAGCAGGAUGUUGUUGCCAUCCCGUUACCGGUGGACUACCUGAGCUUCCACUCCUUUGUUGCGUCCAAAGCUGACGCGUUGGCACAGAGCAGGGAGUUCGCAGACGAGGAGAAGUUGGAGGCACUCAUUGCGGGCUUUGAAGGCAGUAUGAGGGAACGGGCGAGUAAAUUCUUGGAGUCUGUUGGUGACUUCGAGUUGGCGCUCAGCACCUCCGGAGAGCAGGAGCACCACUUCGAGCUCUACCUGAAAUUGGGCAGAUUGGACGACUGCAUGCGCGUACUGCACGAACUGCAAGCCAAGCACGUGGAGAAGUCUCGCGAGGAUAACAUGCGCUCCAAGUGGAAGCGCCUGGGCACCUACUGCCUCGAGCAGGGCGACUACGAGAAGGCCGUUGACUGCCUGGUGCGUUGCUGCGAGUAUUCGUCAGCGAUGCUGAUUUACGUCGCCAUGGGUGACCGGGAUGGAAUUGCAAAGAUCGCAGAGUUGGCAACAAAGGACGGGGACUCCAACGUGGCGUUCACCUGCCACUACAUGCUGAACAACGUCUCGCAGUGCAUCGAGCUGUUGCAGCGUUCCAACCGCCACAGCGAAGCCACCAUAAUGGCCCGCACAUACAAGCCGUCGGCAGUCGCUGAUUGCUUCGCGAAGUGGAAGAGCUCGCACAAUCCGAAGUUCCCUACCCUCGGUGAACCGGAAGAGGAUCCCGCCGCCUUGGAGAUCGAAUCACUGUUGGCAGAGCGCUUAAACAUCGGGUUCCCCGCUGCGAACGAGUACCCCAAUCUGAAGGAGGCCGUUCACGUCGACUUCGGCCGCGAAGACGACAGCGUGGACAAAAGUGCACUGAGCUCCAGCUGGCAUGCCGGCAUAUAA